UGCUAUACUUAUAUCGCUAUAAUAGAAAACCAAAAAACUUAAGAGAAAAAAAAAUGACAGAAAAUUCAACCACAGGUGCAGCAAAUUGUAGUGUGGAGUUUGUGAGAGAAGAAGAGGAGAUAGUGUCAAACAAAAGGAAAAACGAUGAUAUCGAUGUCACAAGGUUUCUCUAUAAUGAUACUCCUUCCGAUGGAUAUUAUCAAGAGAAAACUCCUUCUCCCAAGCCCAAGAGGAAGAUGAAUCUGAAAUCCAAACCUCCUCUGUUUUCAAAAGUGUGGAGUGAUGAAGAUGAGGUUUCCCUACUCAAAGGUAUCAUUAAGUUCAAGGAACAAACAGCUUGUGAAAUCACGCAAUGUAUGACAGAAUUUCGUGCAUUUAUCCUUCCAUCACUUACUCUUCAACCUACGCGUGUUCAAUUGAGAGAGAAAAUAAGACGUCUAAAAAAAAGGUAUGAAAAGACUCUUGCCACAGGAAAUUCUUCUAAUACAGACGUGCACCAACUCGAACUGUUCCAGUUAUGUCGCAUAAUUUGGACUCAACCUCCUAACUCUCUACUGCUAAAGGAGAAGCGAGAAGAUGGGCUUCAGGUAAAGGAGAAACACAACAAUCCAGAGCUGGAAAAGCAGAAUAUACAGGUAAAUGAGAAGAAGCACAAUAUUCCACAAAAAGGGCAGCCGGAAAAGCAGGAGAGGAAGCACAACAUGCGGCCAAUUCAGCAGCAU